AGGUUUAGUUGUGGGUUUCGUCACUACCAAUUCCAUUUUUUCCGGUUGUUCUGAUGAUAGGCGUCACAUGUUUCGAAGUUUACAAGUGGAAUGGAAGAAUCAAAGGCAACCAUGUCAAAGCGUGGAAAUCAAGUGUGACCCAUCCCAUGGCUAGGCUUUAUUUAGCUAGACAAGGAGAGCCUGAGGCACGGUGUCGAUGCCGGUGGUUUCCGGUUGUUGGUGGCGAGGAGGUGCUGACCUGACAGCCAAUGCCAAUAGCUUGCCUAUUUAUAAUAGAUCCUUAUUCUUCUU